CUUAAACGAUAGUCUGGCAAUGCUGUUGGAAGUCUAGUAACAAGAAGAACGUGGUUGAAAAUUGGUUCUUUCCUAAAGUUAAAAAGUUUAUUUAAUAAAAUAAGUUGUGAUUUCAAGUAGACACUACGGUUUGAAGAAUAUUCAUGAUCAUAGUCUACUUAAAAUUGAUUUCUCUAAUCUACUCAUUAGAAAAUGAGUAUGGCGAACGACACAGUAAAUCUGACGGAAAUGUCAGAUGUCAGUGCCAUUUUGAGGUUAUUUGAGGAACACCAUGUAGCACCAACGUUUGAUCCUGUUCCAUAUCUUUCCAGACUGGCUGAACUUUUGGAGGUUGAAACAGAAAAUUACUUAAAGAUGGAUCCAGAUCCGUUUGAUGAUCGUAAUCCUUCUAGAAAUCCAAAUUGCAGUUUUGGACACAUGCUUAAAAUAAUAUUCAAGAAGGAGAUUUUCAUGCAAAAAUUAGUUGGAGACUAUUUGCGUGACACAUAUUGGACAAGGCUUGGCAUUUCAACGCGGGAUUCACGGGAAUUAAAUACAGCUGCAGCCCGCCUCGUCCUGGAUCUUAUGCCAGGAUUAGAAGUGUCAGUGGUUUUUCAGGACACAGAAGGACUAAUAAACAGACUUUUUAGUUGGGCAGAAAAGGGCCCUGAACCACUGCAGAGCUAUGCCACUGGAUUGCUAGCAGCAGCAAUGGAACUCCAAGACUUGGCUGCAAACUUUCGCGAGUUAAAUGCUCACCUGGCACCUCUCAUGUUAAAAAGGUUGUGGGAAAUCCAAAAAAAGUGUCUCGAAGAGAGGAAAAAAGACGAUCUUCCAAACGUGAAAAGGUGUUCUAAAUUCGUGUGCGACCAACCAAGUACUUCGAGCAAAAUUCCUAAAAGUACAGGCAGUAAAGGGAAAGCAGCUUCUAGCUCAAAGAUCCUGAAGGAUGAAGAUGCUGAACUCAUGCCUGGGCCAGCCACUGAUGAUUCGGUCAGUGAUAAAGGGAAGCUACAAAAGAGUAAUAAAGGAAAGAAAUUUCAGGGAAGGAUUAAAGCAGCCAAGGAGAGAAAAAAUGGAAAUGCCUCUUUAAAUGGAUCUGCGUUGAAUGACUCUAGUAAUUCAUCGUGGGCUGAAAUGGAAUCGUAUGUCAUAGGAACAUAUCAAAUGCACCCGUUGACGGAUUCUACUAGGCAAAUUUUAAUCUUACGGUAUUUAACACCCAUGGGCGAAUAUCAAGAGUUAUUAGUUCACAUGUUCGAGCAAAAGGCUCUUGAUCUUAUUCUCAAUUACAUCGACUUUGACGCAACGCAAGAUUCACGUUUGUCGUUUGAAGCCCUUAAAUAUCUCGGAGCGUUACUUUGCCAUAAGAAGUUUGCCAUCGAAUUCAUUCAUCAUCAGGGACUCCACCGCCUUCUUGAAAUUCCACGGCCGAGCAUAGCUGCAACUGGAGUGGCAAUGUGCCUCUACUACAUUGCAUAUUGUGAAGAUGCCAUGGAGCGAGUCUGUCUCUUACCAGAUCACGUGAUUCAAGAGCUAGUCCGAUAUGCCUUAUGGCUACUGGAGUGUUCACAUGAGUCGGGCCGGUGCCAUGCCACUAUGUUCUUUGGAACAUCAUUCCAGUUUCGUAUUAUUCUGGAGCAGUUUGACGCCCAAGAUGGUUUACGCCGACUGUACAACAUGAUAAGCACCUUAUCAAUACUGUCAAUGGACGAUGCAAGCGAUUUGUUGGAUGAUGAUGAAUCUCACGCCGCCCGCCAAACCGUUCGGCACGUGUGCUCAGCAUUGAAGCGGUAUUUCGAAAUCCAUCUUGCUCUAAAAGUUGAACACCUUCAACGUAUCAGGGUUCGUGAAAUGGGUGGCUCUCCCCAUCCAUCGACGCCGCCCUACAAAGCAAUUAAACUGAACCCGGAUCAAAUUAUUGAUUUGAUAACAACGGCGCAAGAACUGCUUCCGUUUCGGGCGAGUUGGUCGCCCGUUAAUGAAUUCGUUAGCCUCGGUGGUAUCCCUCUGCUUCUACAAGUUAUCGCCAUAUCUUAUCUAUGGAAUUUCACGGGACGCGCUGAAACUGUUCGUAGCGCCUUGGAUGUUUUAGCGGUUUGUUCGGUCUCAUUCAGAGUUCAGAUGCUAUUUUGUGAGCAUAUUCAAAUACCCGAUGACGCCAAUGCUGUAGGCAUUAAUAUUCUGCUUGGAGCAGCCGAAGGAGACAUAGUGGCUGAUCCAGAAGUCCAGCGUGCCGCCCUUUGCGUGCUUAUUCAUUGCGUCUGCGCGCCCGUCCAUCGGGUUGGGGGUUCUGUUGGCAGAUUUAAUGGCAGUGCCAAAAGGCGCAGUGUGGCUAGCCGAACGAGCGAGGAAGUUCUCAACCAAGUUUGGGAAUGUGUACGUUCCCAUAACGGAAUUAUGGUGUUAAUGGAUCUUUUGUCUGUUAAAACACCCAUAACGGAUGCCGAUUCAAUCCGCGCUCUAGCAUGUAAGGCCUUGCUGGGUCUUGCCCGUAGCGAAAAUGCCCGACAGAUCAUGGGUAAACUACCUUUAUUUACCAGCGGCCAGUUACAGGUUCUUAUGAGGGAACCAGUGUUGCAAGAUAAACGUCAGGAGCACGUAAAGUUUCAAAAGUAUGGACUUGAAUUACUGGAGCAAGUUUCGGGUCGAAUCAAGUCCAAUGUUAACGAGUUUGAGUUGUCACUAGCCAAGAUUCACAAGGCGGACGUGGUGGCUCAAACGCGAAUCCAGUUUAAUGAAAAGCAGUUGCUUCAGCUAAUCCAUCAGCAUCUACUAAGCAAAAACAUGGUUGAAUCGGCCACGAUAUUAAUGAAAGAAGCUGGACUCCCUCCUCUUCCCCUAAAACAGGCCAGUUCUAGUUUCCCACCCUAUCGCGCUACAGGAAGCACACCAGCUACACCAAGUAGAUCAGGCCGUGUUAACUCGCAGGGGGCUGUCACUCUCCCGACAACUCCUGUUGCAGUUCCAUCGACUUCCACCCCAACCCAACAAGCCGGAAUGAUUAAAGUGAAUUUGGCCAGCAGUCGACGGUUGCGGCCAGGAAUGCCAUCUCCUAGCACCCAGCCAAGUAGCAGUACGCAACACAGAGCUUUACAAAAGGUCACAAACUGGGAUUCUCCCACAACAAUGAAUAAAUCAAUCGGUGGAGCCAAUGGUGGAAAUGGUGAAACUUCUCGUGGCGUCUCGUUAGAUGCCAUUGUCACCGAGUACUUGAUGAAUCAGCAUGCUCUUUGCAAAACACCAAUGGUAACUUGUCCACAAUUCGACCUUUUCCAACCGCACAAGUGUCCUGAUGCUAAGUCAAAGAACACCGCGCCAACAAACUUUGCGUUGAGAGUACAAAAACGAGCCAUCUAUCCAAGAUUCGGUGGUCUUGAUGGAGCCCGAAUGGAUCGCAAAUUAAUUUACUCUCGCUUCCGACCAGUCCGAACGUUCCGCAACGACUCAGAAACGUUUACUUGUUGCGCCUUUUCACCUUGUGAACAAUUUCUAAUGAUCGGUAACCAAACCGGUGAAUUGAAGCUCUACAAUGUCAAUACGGCAGCAGAAGAGGCAACCUACCAAUGCCAUGAAAACUACCUUUUUAACAUUGAGCCAAACUGGACUGGUGAUCUUUUGCUGACGUCAGGGAUGUAUCGUCCACCGUUCUCCUGUCUCUGGGCCGUUGGUGACUUUUUUGACAUGAAAUAUUCUUUUGAAGAGGAAGAAUAUGUCGAGUUUAGCAAGACUGUCCAAGAUAAAAUUGUUGGCACCAAAGGCGAAACUGCAACAGUGUAUGACGUAGCUACCGGUAAAAAACUGUUAAGCCUGACGCCAACAACAUCCAACAAUUAUUCGAAGAAUCGGGCCACUUUCCAUCCCAGCGAUGAGUUGAUUCUUUCCGAUGGUGUUUUGUGGGAUGCAGUGUCGGGAACACAAAUUCACAAAUUUGAUAAGCUGAAUCAAUCAUUAAGUGGAACUUUCCAUCCCAACGGCUUGGAAAUCAUUUCAAGUUCGGAAGUUUGGGAUAUAAGAACUUACCAUUUAUUACGAACAGUUCCGGCACUUGAUCAGUGUCAGGUCACAUUUUCAGCGUCUGGUGACGUAAUCUACGCUGUUCACUUGGAAGAAGAGAGUAGAGAAGAACCGAUGUACGAUUCCUCUUUCAAGACAUUAGAUUCUGGCGACUACUCCUCCAUUGCUACGAUCGACGUCAAACGUUGUAUAUAUGGAUUAUGUUCCAACAAAUAUGACACUCAAAUAGCUGUGGUGGAGAAUUCGAGAGAGUUCAAUACCCCUAGCGAGUCUAUAGUGCGACUAUAUGAUGUGGGGAGACUACGGGAUGACGAGGACAUCGGAUCAGAAGUGGAGGAUGAGGAAGGAGAUGACGAUGGAGGCGCAUCAGAAAAUUCCGAUGAUGAUUUGGAAAUGUUAGAUGAGUUGGUCAACGGUGGUGGUGAUGAAGAUGGCAUCGAUGUGGAAAUCGGUUCUAGCGAUUCCUCCGACGGUGAACAGUUUGAUGACGGUGAUUCUGAUGAUGAUGACGAUGACACCAAUUCAUAUUUUGGUUCCUCGGAUGACUCUGAGUUCGACGAGGAGCUGUUUUCAUUGAACGCUGACAGUAACAGCAGCGGCAGUAGUUCAACGUGAACAAAGUCAGUAACGGAUUAAGGCUGAAUCACAAUACUUGUUCUAGUUCUAUUCAUCACACCAGACAGUGACUUAGCUAGGUCUAUUUAGUGCCACCCUUCUCAAACUGGAGUCUGGCUUGGUUUCCACGAUUUGGCUGCAAAAAUAAAAAAUACGGUCAGGAUAAUUUGUAUAAUUCAUUUGUAUGGUCCCUACCUUAACAAUAUUUGCAUGUCUGGCCAAUUCUUCAUCCAUGAGCUGAGAUUCCCAUUCAUUACCACUUUCUUCAUGUUCCACAGAGUAAUAUACUGGGGCAAAUUGA